AUGGCGAAAACCGUAGCUUGCUUUGUUCUCUUCGCUCUAAUCGUAAGAUGCGCUCUCGGCCAAGCUCUAAGUUCCGCCCCAACCAAAUCACCACGGUCUUCUUCUCCGACUCCAGCUCCCAAGUCUCCUACUUCUACACCAACCGCUUCGCCGCCAUCAACAGCCACCACUCCUUCUUCAGCCCCAGAAUCUUCUCCAACUUCCUCUCCACCGGCUCCCCCUAUGGCUCCGGCUGGUUCUCCCACCAUUGGUGCUUCUCCCACCGGUGCUCUCACUCCAUCCUCCAUCAGCGGGUCACCUGGACUAUCUCCAACUUCUCCUCCGAAUGCCGCCGCUUUGAAUCGAAUCACAACCACCGGAUCCGCCGUUGCAGCUGUUUUUGCAGCUGUCGCUUUGUUCGCUUAG